AACGAAAUGUUGGUCGAACACAAGACUACUUACAGGAAAGAUAGAACUAGAGGCCUUAUAGAUGCGUUCGUUCAUAAGGUAGGUUAAUAUCUUUCAGUAAACAUAUCUGCGGAUUUAAUUUCUUUCACCUUUCCUGGAAUGGAUACUGUACCUCUGGUAUCUUGAUAUCUCUUGGAUGUAAUUCUUAUUCAAAUGUAAUUAAAAAAUACAAAGCCUUAUAAUUUUUUUUCCGUCAUAAAGUUGUUGGUGUAUUUGUUUGCUAUCGAGCUGUAUUAAUUUUUAGCGUUUGUCAUAGAUAAAAACCAUUACUGGUUUUAGAUUACUGAGAAGGAGAAUGGCGGCCAGAAUCUUUUCACAGAAGCCGAUCUUCUACCAAGCCUGCUCACGCUGUAUUUCACCGGCUCGGAUACCGUAUCUCUGACUCUUUCCUGGGGAAUGCUCUUCCUUCUCCACCACCCCGCCGUCUGCAAGAGAAUACAAGACGAAUUGGAUCGAGAAGUAGGGAAAUUCAGGCGUCCAACGCUUGCUGAUAAACAACGUCUUCCCUAUACGACCGCCGCUUUGAUGGAGGUGCAGCGCCUGAAUUUCAUUGCCCCGAUUUCGGUUCCGCACAAGGCACUGAGGACGGUAAAUUUUCGGGGAUACACCAUUCCCGAAGGAACUACCGUCUUAGCCAACCAGUGGUCCAUUAUGAUGGACGAGGAGAAAUGGCCGAAUCCUCAGCAGUUCGACCCAUCGAGGUUUUUGGACGAGUUUGGGAACGUCAAGAAAAACGUAGCCUGGAUUCCGUUUUCUGUGGGAAAGCGCUCUUGUCCAGGCGAAGUGCUGGCCAGACAAGAAAUAUUCCUUGUGCUAACGGCCUUGUUGCAGGCGUUCUCGUUUCGGUCAUCAGAUGGCGAAGCUUUACCAGAAUGCGUCGGCAAAACAGGCUCACUUUACGUCUGUCCCGAUUUUCACGUCUGCGCCGUGCCAAGAUUUUAA